AUCUAUGGUUGUAUUAAACGAAUGUAAUCUUGGUCGGCGCAUGUGUGGUAAAGGAUCGCGGAGCAGCGAUGAGAUUCACUCCACGUCGUCCUGUAUCUUGUUUUCAUUUUCGCAAAUAGAUUUAUGCGAUAGAAACAAUGGCAGAAUUAUUGUUGGAUCCGAAUAUUCGAGGCUGGGUAUUUUUACCUAUAGUAGUGAUCACUUUUCUCGUCGGUAUAAUCCGUCACUAUGUUUCGAUACUGCUCGCUUCGCAGAAAAAGGUCGAGCUUCAUCAAGUGCAAGAUAGUCAAGUCAUGAUACGCUCCAGACUACUCAGAGAGAAUGGACAAUAUAUACCAAAAGUAGCUUUUAUGACUAGGAGACAUUUUUUCAAUAAUGAAGAGACUGGGUAUUUCAAGACUCAAAAGCGUGCUCCUGUCUCCCAAAAUCCUAUGACCGAUCCAAAUAUGAUGACUGAUAUGCUAAAAGGAAAUGUGACCAAUGUAUUGCCUAUGGUACUGAUUGGUGGUUGGAUUAAUUGGAUGUUUUCUGGAUUUGUAACAACUAAAGUACCAUUUCCAUUAACGCUACGGUUCAAGCCAAUGUUGCAACGGGGUAUAGAAUUAGUUACAUUGGAUGCAGCGUGGGUUUCUUCAGCUUCGUGGUAUUUCCUCAAUGUAUUUGGACUAAGAUCUAUUUAUACACUUGUGCUUGGUGAAAAUAAUGCUGCGGAUACUACGAGAUUAGUACAAGAUCAAGUUUCGGGUGCUGCAAUGUCCAUGCCACCUGAUCCAAAAGCAGCUUUCAAAUCUGAAUGGGAGGCAUUAGAAAUUUGUGAACAUAACUGGGCUCUACAGGGAGUAGAUGUCGAAUUCAUGGGUAUCCAAUCGAAAUCAGAUACAGUUGACAAUAUAUAUCAUCAAGGCAAAGCAAAUUGAGGUUUAGUAAUAAAAUUAUUUUUCACAUAAAUACCAGAAUAAUUUUAUUUAUUUAUAUGUUAAAUAAUAAUUUUCUCAGUAUUUAUGUGUUUGAGGUAUAAUAUAUAUAUUAUCUUUUUUUUAAUAAAUAAAAUGAUAAAGUACAAUAACAAUGUACUCUAAUUUUAAGAAAUUGUGAUAAAACAAUCUCAAAUAUAAAAUUAAUAACAACAAUGCUAUUUUACUUUAGAUUUGUGAUUGCUGAAUAUUUAUAAAUCUUAUAUAUCAAAAUUAAUAUAUCCAUUAUAUAAUUAGACCCAUUAAUUACACUAAUUGCUUAUCUACUUAGUUAUCUACUUAUCUACUAAGUUCUUCUGCUCAUAUUAAAUAGACUUUUAACUUUCCAUAUUGGAGUAUAAAUCAGUACGGCGGUGUUUUUCACACGGCAUAUUUUGUCUGAUUUUCUCCAAUAGCGUGAGAUCAAUUUCUGCUACAGCAAUACUCGUUUUUUCUGCACACUGUGUUAUAACAGCACCCCAAGGAUCUACAAUCUGAAAAAAAAAAAAUGAAUU